GUUCCGUGCUAAGAAGAAAUACAGUGUCAAGCCUUUCUCUUCUACAAUGUUAACAUCAGCAGCCUUAACACCUAAAGAAAGACAAGAUUUAGCUAAAGUGAACAACAAAUCUUCGAUGUUUGAUAUUCGUAAUAUGGCUUCUAUUAACACUGAAGAUGUCCGUAACAGAAUUGAGUCCAGUACUCUUAAAAAUUUACCAAUAGCUACCAAUGUUGUCAAGCCAAUGAUGUCAUCACUAGCAACUAAAACUGUGAGCUUAACAACAGAUACAACAACAUCAAUGGCUACCACAGCUAUUCCUUCUGUUUCCACUUCUCACAGUAUGGCUGGUACUGUAAAUGGUAAUAAUAUAUCUAGUGUAAUAUCACGUCACCCAUCACCAAGGAUACAGCCAGUAUCUCUUCAACCAGAAGCUGUUUAUUACCCACCUCAGAUAAAUAAUCGGUUACCAGCACCAAACCAAGUUUACCCGACUCCUCAUCCAGUUGUAAGACAACCAUUAACCGGGGCAGCAGCUAGAUACCCUCCUCAACCAUAUCCCGUUAACCUCCCGUAUCCACCAGACCAGCCACCACCUUGUGUUCACGGUUACCAUAACUAUUCUUUUGAUGGGCAGGUACCACCAGGGAACUAUCCAGGCCAGUGGCCUCAAACACCUGGAGCAGCACCAUUCUAUAUGCCUGGAAUGACUCAACCCGUUUACCCAGACAAGUAUGGUAGAUAUCCAUCAAUGCCACCAGUACCAUCAAUACAACCUGCUGUACCUAUACAAAAUGUUGUACAACCAUCUGUACCAAUACACAAUGUUGUACAGUCAUCUGUACCAAUACAAAGUGUUGUACAACAAGGAGCUGUACAGCCAACUCCAAUCCCAAACCAGAACUUUGGAAACUGCAUAGUGUAUCCUCCCCUACCUACAUACUAUCCCAUCUCAACGAUACAAACUAUGCCAAUUGAUAAUACAAACCCAAUUCAAUACCUUGAAAAUAUUGUAUAUACUAAUAAUAUAGACCCUAGCUCUGAAUCAGGACAACCGUUGAACUCUAUGACUAUCUCAGAAAAUGUAUAUUAUGACGAAAAUGAAUCCAUUAAUAGUAGUAAUGUCAUAGAAACAAAUGAAAAUGUUUCAGAAACAGAUGAUAAAGUUAAUGUCAGUGAUAUUGAGAGUAAUAAUAACACUGUGGAUGAAAAUUAA